GAGAGCAAUGAGACGGAAGAUUGAAAAAGCAGAAAUGAGAUGAGAUCUUCUUGCGAUCGGUUGCAGGAAGCAUUGUUGCAGUGCCAUCGCCGGAUGCCGGAAGGACCAGCGCGGAGGUCCGGUUGCAGACAUCUGAACAAAGCGUUGGCGGAGUGCGUAGUGGGGGAGGCUUGUCCUGAGGAAUACGAGGCGGUGAGGUCGUUUUGCUCGAGCGGGGGAACCAGCCUGAAGCGGAAACAGUGCGAGGAGGCUCAGUUCUCCCUUUCUCUCUGUCUUUCUCGCCAUCAGCGAGACUUUGAGCAGCAGCGUUGAAGAGACUUGGCAUUGUUGCUGCUCUCCUCGAAAGCUUCGUGUAAUUUGCGAAUUAGGGUUUGUGAUUUUGAAUUCUGGUUCUUGCAUGAUCGUUAGAUAAUUGAUCAAGUAAUGGUGCUGAGAGAAGCUUUUGCCAUAUCCAAAAGGUAGAAUUUUGGAAUUAGACGAAGAGAGGAUUUGGAUCAAGGUUGAAUUGGGUUGAUGUAAUCUGCAACCCUGAAUCACAGUAUUCAGUUGUGUAAUUGGAUGUUGCUUCUGAUGAAUUUGUAUUAAUUAUAAUUUGAGGACAUUGCUGCUUCUGUUUUGUGUAAAGACGUUAGAAUCAAACGAUCUCAACAGGUCUAUUGUUUACUGUAAUACUUAAUGUUCUCCAUUGUUGUGAGAGGAUGAAGGAGAAACAUCACAGUAUCCUUAUGUUUUAGUAUUUUGAUUCCUCAUGUCGUAUUUUAGAUUUUACACUACAAAUUUUCAAUCUUUUGUAAUUGUUUCAGAUAAACAUUAUUUUUUGCU